AUGGCGGCAAUUGGAAGUCACUAUGCUAAAAUUGAACAUGUCCAGGUUCUUGUCGUGGCCAUGCAUGAGUUUCUGCGACGUGCUAUAAACAUGGUUUUGGAAACAGGCCAUAAUGCAAGUAUUGAGAGACUUGUUUUUACGCAAGUUAGAUUGCUAAGCUGCAUCGGAAUGAUGUACUGCGGAGCUCAGCAGUUGAUUGAGCGGGCCAAGGCCUCCAGGAUCGAUUUGGUUGCAUUCUGUGAGACAGAAUGGGUCAACUAUACAGAGCAAGAAGACCAAUUGCUGAGAAGCCAUACAGUCGACCAAGCAGCCUCCGACUGGAAGGCGUGGUGUUGUGCGGAGAGCCGCCGAAGAACUGGCUACACCAUAUGGCUGCUAGAUUGUAUGUGGUCAUUUCAAUUCCAGGUGCGCCCUCUUCUAUCUUUGGAAGAUGCCAGAGUUCCUGUACCAUGUCAAGAGGUUCUGUGGGAAGCAAGCACGGCUCUCGAUUGGCGACAGCUCUACAGCGUCUCAACAAAGAAUCCAUCAUUGCAUGAAGUCAUUCAGAUCUUAUAUAUUCCCGAUGGAGGAAUUCCGCUUGUGACUGCCUCGAUGUUCUCCACUGGCACGCAAACAGUGUCAUUGGUGCCGCAGGUGGGAUGGAACAUCCAACGGUCCUUCAUCUUCACCUUGCUCGAGUAG